UAUCAGUCGUCGUUUAAGGACGAAGGGCCGCUCGAUUUUCGGGAUCGCUCGACCACGGAAGAAAAACCUGCGGCGCGAUGAAGACGGUGUUCGUCAUUCUGGCGCUCAUAGCCGGCGUUCUCGCGGCACCGCAAUCCAAUCCGAACGAUAUCACGAUCGUGAAGCAGGAGGAGGUGAACAACAUAGGGGUAGGUGGGUAUCACUUCAGUUACGAGCAGAGCGACGGUCAGAAGAGGGAAGAGACGGCGGAGCUGAAGAACGAGGGCACCGAAAAUGAGUCCCUCAGCGUCGUGGGUAGCUUCAGUUUCAUCGCGCCGGACGGACACACGUAUAGGGUUGAUUACACCGCAGAUGAAAACGGAUUCCAUCCGACUAUCAAUCUCGUCGCAAAGUAAGCGGACUCGAGGACUGAAGUUACAUCACCUUAGGUCGUCGACGUACACGCUCGUGUGAUUACACACGAAUUAGGAUAUUUCUAAUCGUAUGACACUGCAAGGCACGCGAUUCACGCCGACGCGUAUGGCAAUAAAUUGAUGUCAGUCGCUAAAGAGAGAACGAUUGAUCUGCCGCGCGAUUGUUCUUUUCUGGCCCCCCCCGAUUCGUUUUCGUGACUUUCGUGAUGCAUUUCUCAAAAUUAACCAAUGGUCACGCAAUUGGGCCAAUUUAUUAAUAAUACUUUUGCAUUGUCUUCGCUCCAAAUCCAAGAAUAAUUCUUUGAGCCAGUGCAGCGCAUACGCGAAUAGUAUAGAUAAAAAAAUUAACGAGUAGAAUCAACGCUUCGGUCAAUAUUUCUUUUUCUCUUCUCUUAUGCGAUUAACGUAAAAAAAAGUAUUCACGAACAUCGUACAACAUCACGACUUACGAAACGUAUUCAAGUCUUCCACGAGUGAAACACGUGCUUACUUGCAACCGACAAUAUGUAUGUAUAUCAUUCAGUUUUUCGAAACUGCUAGUAAACGUUUUGAACGAGAGACGUCCUCUGUUUGCAAUUCUAUCUUCCUAGCGAGGCGACAAUGCAGCACUCAUUGAGGCACCGUGAUAUCUGCGGUUUCUCUCUGGCGCAACCUCUUCUUUUUUUUUUUAUACACAUAUCUAUAUGUAUAUCUAUAACAGAAAACAAUUCGUUCAAAUAAACUUGUAUACUGAAA